CUCACAGCUUGUCAAACAAUGAGGAAAGCACCAGGGUGUGACAGAUCACAACCAGCAACAUCUGUAUCUUGUUAUCAGGACAUGUCCUAGUUGCUCUACAGCCUGUCACAGGUGGACCUGAUCUGUGUGUCUGGGGGCAGAACCUCGAAGCCGCCGAGACUGAUUCGGACCGGAUUCAGCUGCAAAGAGUACAGGCGCGGCAGAUCAAGGACUUGCAGGGUCGAGUGUGGGGCCGCAGCAUCGGGCUUGAGAAGGUCGUGAGGGGCGUUUAUCGAUAUACAAUUGUGUAUUGGAGACCCCUUUCUCCCUAACCACCACCAUUACAUCUGCUAUCACAUCUGCUGGUCGCCAAGCUUCCCCAGUCUGUCUGUCUGUCUGUCUGCCUCAAAUCAAUUUCUCUCGAUUUUCCCAGCCUGUGUCCUCGUUGCCAAUCUACUUUCUACACGUUUUUAAGUGGUGCUGUCAUGAGCCCCCCCCACCGACGUUCCCUCGUCUCCGGCCAUGUCCGCGACUUCCUCGUUCGAAGUUCUUACCCAUCGCUCCCGUUCCUCCACCACCUCUUCUUCUCACACAACCGGGAUCCUACUGGAGGAUUCAGACGAUGAAAUUAUCUGGAGUAUCGAUUCUACUGCCUCUUCCAUCGAAUCCACGCUGUACGACGACGACGACUUUGUCGUUCUUAGCCGUCCGCGUUCUGCGGUGCCACCGAAUGCCAAUCCACCAUUGCAAGCUCCGCAUGAACUUCAUGGAACUAUAGAGGAUCUAGGCUGCCUCAGCCUUGGACCAGUACAGUCUGGCAGUGGGGCUCCCGAUCGGCUGCAGUGUGAGACCCGAGAACUAGGAGGUCGGAAAGCAGACAGUAAGAUACACUCUGCGUCUCCUACCGCUCCUUGCACCCCUCUCCUCGCAACCGCUAUCACCACCUCGAAUCCAAGCAAGGCGAGACGUCGUCGUCGAAGGCGGGCAGCCAAACGUAGCGGAAGCACUAGCCCGGAUUCAUCCGUCCAAGGUCUGGGGUCGCGUUCCAUCGUUGACGAUGUAUCCGUUAUGUCAGAAACGGACACCGAUACCGAGGGUGGGAUGUACGACACAGCUGCUCGUUAUAUUAGCGGUUUCCUGGCUGGAGACCCGACUUCGCUCUGUCGACUUACGUUUCUCCAGUCUCUGAUCAUCGAAUGUGGUCUCGCCUCAUCGACACUUCCUGCAUCGCUGACGUCUGCCCGUGCCUUAAUCAAAUCGCAUCUGUUUCUGAAUAUUGGCGAAUAUCUUCACGUCCGGGAACAAGGUCCGACUGCGAUUCAGAGUGUGAUGCACAAGAGCAGGUCCGCCCUCGUGCGCGAUUUGCGCAAGAGUCGCGAUACCAUGCCGCGCAAAUGGGUCAAGGACUCCGGCUUACAAGUGCUCAUGGUGCAGUGUUAUCGCUAAGUAGUGCUUCCCCCGAUCUCUCUCCAUGUGUUCAAUAUCCACGUCAUUUAACAUCCAAAUGCACUCUAAUUCUUGUCACACAAAGUUGUCCAGCACUAAGGAGACGAGGGGCAUAAAAUAUUACAUAACGAUAUGCUAUGCUGGGCCGUGAACAACGACACCCAAAAGACCAAGUAUUGCCUGGGAGAAGGUGUAGAGAUUUUCCGGAUUGGACGACGUCGGCGGUACAUUGGUGCCAGUAGCCGGAGCGAGGGAAGCCGAUGCCGACGGGCUGGCUGAGCUCGAGACAACUGUUGACAACGCAGACGACGAAAGGGCGGACUGAGAGCUCGCUGCCAGUGUGGUUGAGAUCGAGGUCGUGGAUGACGAUGAAGACGACGAUGAGGACGACGACGACGUCGUCGUCGUCGUGCUCGUAGAUGCAUGCGUUGAAGUGGUGUGGUGUGUGCUGGUAGUGCUGGUUGUUGAAGUUGUUUUCUGGCUUGUGCUCGUGGUCUUCUCAUGCGUUGAAGUGGUUGUGUCGCCACCACCCUUAUCGCCUGUGGUGCUCCAAUCUCCGUAGAUGACACCUGCAUCCUGGGAUGCAAAAUGCGAAAACAGGCCAGGAGUGAAAUCGAGGUCACCGUUGGAACAUCCAGGGCACUGGUUAUCCCAAGUUGCCGUCAGCGCGAGAGGCAAAAGUUGAUCCACGCACCGAGUCCAUGAUAGUCGCAAUUGCGCUCUUGCCCUUAUAUCUGAUUUCGAUUUGUUGGCCGCACCAUGGACUGGGGUAGGUCCAUCCAAAAAC